AUGAGUGAAAGCUUGACCCUGGUCACCGAAGAGGAGCUAACGCAGCUGACGCAGAUUAAGCCAGUGCAAAGAAAAAAUGGCCUGCAACACCAUCUGGAACACUUUAUCCAGAAUCUUGAGAGGCUGAUCGAACUUCAAGAAAUGCUGAAGGAGUUCGUUGAUUUAGAACACAUUAAGCCAACAGAUGAUUGCCUGGUAGGCAAAUUGCCAGAAAACCGGGAAAAGAACAGAUACCGUGAUAUUCUGCCAUAUGAUGAAACGCGAGUCCCCAUUGGGGAGAUGAAGGGAUACAUCAACGCCAGCUAUAUCCAAAUGCUCGUGGGGAAAGAGGAGCUCUUCUACAUCUCCACCCAGGGUCCUCUGCCGUGCACCAUGAACGAAUUCUGGCAAAUGGUUUGGGAACACCACUCCGAUGUCAUUGCCAUGAUUACAAGGGAAAUGGAGCAUGGGACCUCCAAAUGCCAUCGGUACUGGCCUGAGCCGCCCCACACGUUUCUGGACUUGAUUAAGUUUCAGCUGCGACUGGAUAACUAUCAGAUCCUGGAUUGCUUUAUCAUUAGAGUAAUAGAAAUUACAAACAAAAGGACGCAGGAGAAACGCAUGGUGCAACAUCUCCAGUUUACCAGCUGGCCAGACCACGGCACUCCCCAGUCUCCAGAGCACCUCAUCAGGUUCAUCCGCUUCCUGAGAAAAGCGAACAAAAGGGGCCCCGUCGUCGCCCACUGCAGUGCUGGGAUCGGCAGGAGCGGAGUGCUGCUGUGCGUGGACGUUAUGUUGACCUACAUAGAGAACGAUAUGCCUUUCGACAUCAAGAAGAUAGUGCGAGAUUUGAGACAUCAGCGCUUUGGUAUGAUUCAAACCAAGGAUCAGUAUGUGUUUUGCUACGAACUCGCACUUGAAGUCCUGAAGAACAUUCAGACCGCGAACUCCCAGCUACCAUGCUAA